AUGUCAAGUCAACGAAGUGGUUGUGAGAAGAGAAAACGUAAAGCCUGUAAAGAAGCAGAACUAUUAAAAAUUAAAACUAGUGCAGAAAAUAUAACAGAUUCUAUAUCUGACAGCACAAAGAAAAUUGAAAAUAAGGAACUACAUAGUGAUGAUGCUAGUGCAGAUAAUACAACAGAUUCCAUAUUUGAAAGUUCAAAGAAAAGUGAAAAUAAGGAACUACAUAGUGAUGAUACUAGUGCAGAAAAUACAACAGAUUCUAUAUUCAACAGUUCAAAACAAAGUGAAAAUAAGGAACUAUAUAGUGAUGAUGUUAAUAUGGUGAAUGUAUAUGAUCCGGUUAAUCCAUUUUCAAAAGAUCGCUUAGAGUUCCAAAAUCGAAUUUUGAAAGGACGUUACAAGCCUAUAUUAGAUCUUUAUCCACGGUCACUUCAAAACUCUAAAAAAAGGUCAUUGCAGAAAAACUGGUAUGAUAUUUUUGAUUGGUUAGAGUAUAGAGAUGCUUCUGACAAGGCAUUUUGUUUCCCUUGUCGCUGCUUUAAAGGUAAUGAAAUAAAUAGCAGCUACAGUGAAUCAACAUUUAGUAGUAAUGGUUUUAAAGCGUGGUAUCGAGCUAUUGAUGCAUUCAAAAAACAUCAAUCAUCUAAAUGUCACUUAAACAGUGCAAAAGCAUUAACUGAUUUUAUUAAUUUGAAGUCAAUCGACUGUGUGCUCGAUAAGAAUCGUCUUGAAGAAAUUAGUAGAAAAGAAAAAGAUCGUUUGAAAAACAGAGAAUUUAUGAAUCGAAUCAUUGAUAUUAUAAUUUGUUUAGGAAAGAGUGGUAGGCCAUUUCGUGGUCAUGAUGAAAAAUCUGAUAGUUGCAAUCUAGGACUUUUUAAGGAAUUAGUAAUCUUACUGACAAAAUAUGAUGUUGUUCUUCAAGACCAUUUACAAGAGGCUCCAAAAAAUGCUUUGUACACAAGUAACAGAAUACAGAAUGAUUUAAUAACAUCAAUUAAAAAUGUUAUUUUACGAAAUAUAAAAAACAACCUACAAAAUUCGUUCAUAUCAAUAAUGGCUGAUGAGACUACAGAUGUUGGUCAUUUUGAACAAUUGUCAAUUGUUUUUCGAUAUUUUGAUGAAAAAAAAAUAGACCAGUUGAAACUUAUAUUACAUUGA